UGGGAAACUCAAUGUAUUUGUUAUAUUGCAGUUACAUUGCAAUGCACUGAUGGUAUGCGCCAGUCGUGGGGAUAGAAGCAUCCAGCCAUCGCGCGACUCUCCAUCAUCAUCAUCACGCAUAGAAAACUGCGAGCCGCUCCGGCGGUGCAAAGCAGCGCCUCGCUGCCCUGCCACGCCGCUGCAUGGACAGCCAACACGAUGGCAGAGGAUUUGGGGGUGCAUCUGUUUUUAGCAACAACAGAUAGCAUGGAUAAUCCCGCCUCAACCGAUUCAGCUCUCGUCGUUACGAUGAUUAGAGCGCCGCUGUCGGCUCGCCGGGCAUGAUAGGCAGGAGAGAGCCGUGCGGGAGCGGGGCUUCUCGUUUUGACAGUACUUUUUGAGAGGGAAACGCAAAGAAGCGUGGAACAGGUGGACUGUGGCUUGGGGUCCUUCAAAAUGGAUAUAGAUCCCUGUUUGCGGUACUAUUUCCAGCACCCCUGGUCUCGUCUGUUUGUGGCCUACCUCGUCACUUUCUGCAACUUCCUUAUCUUUGCUGAGGACCCUGUCUCCCACAGCCAGACAGAGGCUCACAUGAUCGUGGUGGGAAACUGCUUCUCCUUCAUAGUGAACAAGUACCCUGGUGGAGGAUGGAGCGUCCUCAAAGUCAUCUCGUGGCUGAUGGCCAUUGUCACCGGAAUGUUUGCCGGGAAGUUCAUAUUCCACCGCAGGCUCUUUGGUCGAUAUCUGCGUCUGAAAAUGUUCCGUGAGGAUCACGGCUCCUGGAUGACCAUGUUCUUCAGCACCAUCCUCUUCCUCUUCAUCUUCUCACACAUCUACAAUGUGAUCCUUCUAAUGGCAGGAAGCAUGGGGCCACACAUGGUGACAGAGUACAUGGGUAUCAGGAACGAGAGCUUCAUGAAGAUUGCAGCAGUAGGGACGUGGAUGGGGGACUUUGUGACUGCAUGGAUGGUCACUGACAUGAUGCUCCAGGACCAGCACUACCCAGACUGGGGCAAAGCUGCCAGAAGGUUCUGGAAACAAGGCAACCACAGGAUCGUCCUCUUCUGGACGGUCCUGAUCACUCUGACAUCGGUGGUUUUGUUGGUCAUCAGCACUGACUGGAUCAGCUGGGACAACCUGAACCGGGGAUUUCUGCCCAGCGACGAGGUCUCCAGGGCCUUCCUGGUAUCCUUCAUCCUGGUCUUUGACCUGCUCAUUGUCAUGCAGGAUUGGGAUUUUCCUCAGUUCAUGGGCGACCUGGAUAUGAACCUGCCUGGCAUGUCCACCACUCAGCUCAAGUUCAAACUUCCUGUCUGCAAGAGCAUCUUCAAAGAGGAAUACCACAUCCAUAUCACAGGUAAGUGGUUCAACUACGGCAUCAUUUUCCUGGUGUUAAUCCUGGACCUGAACAUGUGGAAGAACCAGAUCUUCUACAAGCCCUACGAGUACGGCCAGUACGUUGGUCCAGGGGAGAAGAUCUUCACUGUGGAGGAGCCCAACACACUGGGCGACUUCAACCGCAGCACGCUCACCUACAAGUGGCGCUCCAGCCAUGUGGACCCGCUGACCAACUGCUCGUAUGUCCAUCGGGACAUGUUCCUGCAUAGCCGCUACGUGGGUGCCAGCCUGGAAGUCAAGUGCCUGGCCUUCAUCCCCAGCCUGGCUGCCUUUGUCCUCUUCGGCUUCUUCAUCUGGCUGCUGGGACGUUUUCAGGACAGCGAGACCUUCCCGGAGGGCCAAGUGGACAAGACGUACGAGAGGAUCAAGAGGAAGUCUCCGUCUGAGUAUAGUAAGGACAUGGGACUCACGCCAGAGGAGGUGCACAUCUCUAUGAGCGAGGCGCUCAAAUGUUCCGGAACCCCCAUGCUGCUAUCGGUGGACGGGCAUCAUUUUGCUCUGCACUCUGCCACCUCCACCAACUCCACUUCGCCUGUUUCCAUGGAGACCCAGGAGACGCAUCCCAGCAUUGUCAUCGAAGGCACGGAGCCAAGAGAGCCGGCGGUUUCCUUUGAUGUCGGCAAACUGUCACCGCCCUGACCUUACUGCCCUGAGGGGAAGUACUGCUAUGCUUCUACUGACAGACACACAGCCUGGAGGGAGGAGUGGAGACACAGGAGAGAGAUCAAACUGAAACUCAAUUUCAGUAUAGAUCUUUUUCAGUCUGGGUAGAUUUUGAACCCAACACUGAUUAUUCCUGGAGCAGGAGUAUGUAGCUACAAUGGCCACUUUGUUUUGCUACUGUGAUAUCCCUGAUGGCAUUUUAUUAUUAUUAUUUAUUUGAAUUGUAAAACCUCUAAGCUGACACCAACACAAUGACAAACAGCUUAUUUUAACCUCCCUCACUGUAAAGUUCUAUUGUCAACAUGGUGCUCUCGCUAGAUUUGACGUUUUUACAAUCUCAAGAUGUUUUCUCUUUUAUCGUGACAUAUUUUGGUGCCUAUGUGGGGAACUAUUUCUACAGUCGAUGUAUGACACAAUGGUCAUGGCUAGUUUAUAUUGUACAACUUGAGUAUUACAGUUGAAGAGGUGCCUUGAUAAACCCACGCCCACUAAAGGACAGCAACAUAGUCUAUACCAUAGGCAGCAAAACAGAACAUGUCUGAUAAUGUGUGUCUGUCUUGUUUAUUUCAAUGUUCCACUUCACAAUGUUGGACAAUGUUUACCCUUUCAGACUUUAUCACAGGUUUUUGAAUUCAUUUGCUAUCUUGAUAAUUCUUACAUAUCCCAUCUUCACGUGCCUCUUCUCUUGUCGUCAUAGAAAUGACUAGAUUGCUAAACAUCGUUACGAUGAUGAUAAUACUAUGACCACCUCUUCAUUUUCUGGUUGUAUUAUCAAAUGCAAGAUAAAAGGCAUAAGCUAUUUUCAAAUAACGUUAAAAAGUCACAUCAUGAUCGCUUAUCUGGUCAAAAUACUCAGAUGUAAUGCCAAUUAGGUCAGAAAGGUAAUUUGCCCUUGGCAGGGUAAAUGUGGUUUUGUUAUAGAAGGAGAGAGAAGAACACCAAAUCUAACUGAUACACCUUACCCAUAUCAUAUCCCCCAGCAGUAUAUGUACCACAAGUACGACCUUGGUUUGAAGCCAGUAUUGGGGUACGGAUUGGUUUGAGAGAACACAUAGAGAAUGUGACCUCUUACAGCUGACAAGCAAAAGAGAGUGGAAGUUUUUAGUAUUUAUGAGAGUUAUGAGCGUUAUUAUAUCACAUACGUUAAGUGUGCAACUACUGUAUACCAAUGCUCUGUUAUUUAAGUGUUUUCUAACAAAGUGUUGUGCAUCUGAGUUUGUGGGCACGUGCGUGUGUAUGUGUCAGAGACAGCGAGAGCUGACAAUUCUGUGAAGAGGUCAAUGUAGUUCAUGUAAGUGGCGUAUGGUCCUUGGUUCAGUGAUCCCCCUUCUACACUUUACAGGUCAGAGUCCUCAUUACAGCUCAACUUAUUUCAUUUUGGAGAUACGGCUUCGCAACAAGGCAACAAAUUGCUAAACGUAUGGGGCAAUGGCUAAAUGAGUGUGUUUAUCUCACUAGAAGUGAUCUAGUGAUAUGUUUGUAAAAUAUUGUGCUUUGGUUGGAACUGAAUGUUCCCCCUGCUGUUAUACAUGGUAUUGUGUUGCAUAACUGACAGCUAUUUUGCAUUCUUGUGUGUGUGGUUUUUAAACAAAGGAUAUCUCUUUUUAACAUGUUGACGCAAUAAAUGUCUGCAGAGUAAUGGUAUCAAUAAAAUGUACACAUUUUGCUACAUA